AUGACGAAGAAAAAGAAUUUGCUUUCAACAAAAAAACGGCUUCUUGUUGCGUCACUGAAUAAUGAUCUUACACGAAGUACCGAAGUGAAAUCAUUCAAAAUGGUGUCAAAUCAUUUCAGCAGGGCCGAUGUUUUAUACAGAAGAAUUGUACGAAAUACAUUCUUUUCCAAAGGCUGGGGAAGUAUAGAAACAUAUCGAGGUUUACAGAAAUUAAAACGAGAUAUAUUUGACGCUGAAAAAUUCAGGGAAAUUGUCCAUAGUGGGAGUGUAAAAAUCGAUAAAGAGUACGAUUCCUCGAAACAAGACCAAUUUUCGAUUGUUGAUGGACAUUUUGUUUCCCCUAUUGCGAAAUAUUACCCAGGAUUGCUACCGAAGGAAAGCGAAAUUGCUUAUUUUCAGGCUAUUAUCCCCAAAGAGCGGCGUAACGAUGGUAAACAGCCGAUGUGUAUUCAACUAGCGGGAACUGGUGAUCAUAAUUUUUGGCGCAGACGAAAUCUUGUUGCGAAACCACUGAUUAAAGAAACAUUAAUUGGUUCAAUACUUUUAAUGAAUCCAUUCUACGGUUGCCGUAAGCCCAAAACCCAAACAAGAUCAAGCUUAAAUCAUGUUGUUGAUUUACUGUUGAUGGGCUGUGCUCUGAUUGUUGAAACCUCGGUGUUGCUAAAUUGGUGUGCGGAUAAAGGUUUUGGACCUCUGGCGGUGACAGGCGUGUCCAUGGGUGGACACAUGGCAUCUCUUGCAGGCACAUUUGUUCCCAAACCUGUAGCUAUCAUACCAUGUUUGGCAUGCACAACUGCCUCUCCUGUUUUUACGAAGGGUGUUUUGAGCAAGGCAGUUGCAUGGUCCGUGUUGGAAGAACAACUUGAAGACUAUUCAUUUCUUGAAGAGCUUCGGCAUAUAUGUCAGAUGAUUGAGUCGGAUGGUUUGAAUGCUAAUAAUCCUGGAAGAACAGCAAUGAAUUUGUCAGCGUUUCCACAGGAGCUAAUGAACAUUAUGAAUAAUUCUGUGGAUCUGAGUUCAAAGUCUAUACCAGAUUAUAAUAUAGAAAGUAUAGUAAAUCGUGAGGUGAUAAAGAAGAAUCCUGUGUAUGAACAAUCAGUUUCAUUUGAAAUGCUUGCAAAAUCUUUUCAGAAACAAGUAGGGAAAAAUAUCCGAGAUAAAAUACCAAAAGAUCUUUCCAUAUUGACCUCAAUACUUGGGAACUCUAAGAAACCCACAAAAUAUCAGAAUGCUGUUGAUUUCUUGAUCUACCUGUUGGACAUAACAACACAUUUAUCUUAUUACAAAAAGCCAGUAGAUCCAUGCUUGUCAGUGUUUGUUCAGGCCCAGUUUGAUGGAUAUAUUCCAAAUAUGGACUGUCCUUCUCCGUUGGAACUUUGGCCAGGCUGCAGAGUGAAAUAUGUAGACUCUGGACACAUCUUUGCAGCUCUUUAUAAACAAGAUGUAUUUAGAAAAAUCAUUUCUGAGACCCUAGAUAAAUGCUAACAGUAAAGAUAGCUACCCCAGUGUCCUGCAUAUCUGUGUUAAAUUAUAUUUACCCA